AUGACUAGAAAGGUUGUACUUUCAGAUUCAGAGGAUGAUGAAGUUACAAGGGUGGUGAAGAAUCCUGUUGGAUCAUCAGCAGCAAAGAAGAAGACUAAACAAGUCUAUUCAGAUUCAGAUAUAAGUGAUGAGGCAUCCGAUAAUGAUGAUCGUGGUGGUACUGUAGAGGAGGCGUCUGAAGAAGAGGAUGUUCCACCAGUGAAGAAGUCAAGAUUGUCAUUGUCAAAGGCAAAACCAAUCAAGUCUACAGCAUCAACUACGAAGAAUAAUAAGAAAACAACUUCAAAGGAGCCAUCAGGAUCAUCAUCAUCAUCAGACGGAAGUGGUGAUGAUAUAGUCGAAGACAAUGAUGCCGAUGGAGUUGAUGAUGAAAUAGAUGUAGUGAAUGAUGAUGAUGAUACACCAAGCUCAAAGAAACCAACAACCAGUAGUAUCAGCAGCAGUAAAGUGCCAAAGAAGAGUGUUCCACCAAAGAAACAACUAAGAGGUGCAGCGGCGGCAGCGGCACAAAAGAAGGCAGCAGCGGCUGUAUCAUCGCCAUCAGUCUCAUCACCUAUCGUCAUACAAAGCCUUGUUCAUCCAUUCAAGAACCCAUCAUACGUUGGCACAAGCGAUCCCAAGCGAAAACAAACCUGGAAGUCUGUCAAACAGAUACUACAGGGCGAGAACUAUGGUGCACUUCCAGCGAACUUUCCAACAUACACUAAUAUUCAAGUGGCGCCCUCUUUGGUUCCUCCGAAAAAGUACUGUGAUAUCACUGGAUUAGUUGCACCAUACACUGAUCCAAAAAGCCAGCUUAGAUAUUGCAAUGCCAACAUAUAUGCAUCAAUCCAAAAGUUCCCAGACAAUAUCAAGCAGUCCUAUAUAAGCCUCCGUAAGGGAUUCAAGUAA